AUGAGUCUCAUCGAUACCCACCACCACUUUGUCCCCGAGUUUUAUGCUCAAGGUAUGGUACAAAACUCCCGUCCCGACAAAUGGAUGAUUCUAAACACGUUUGUUUUCACAGCUGUCGAGGAGGCCGGAGGUGACCCUUCUGGCUGGCCGACACCUUCCUGGUCAUCCGAGGGCGACAUUGCGUUCAUGGAAAAAAUCGGCGUGACCAAGGCUAUAUUGUCACUAACCGCUCCUGGCGCAGUCAUCGCCCCAACGACUGAGAAGAGGAGGGCAUUAGCCCGCGAAGCCAACGAAUUCGCUGCGACCAAGCGCGAUGAAAAUCCUCAGAGAUGGGGCUUUUUUGCAGCCUUGCCUUGCCUUCUCGAUACCGAGGGCGCUCUGGCGGAGAUACAAUACGCCCUUGAUGUAUUGAAGGCCGAAGGUGUCACUUUGUUCACAAGAUACGGCUCUGGAAAUCAAUACCUUGGCAGCCCUGAGUUCAAGUCUAUCUGGGAGGAAUUGAAUUCCAGAAAGGCUGUAGUCUUUAUUCACCCUACUCAUCCCGCUGAUACGACUCGAGUCAACCCAUUCCUGCCACAACCAGCGAUUGAUUAUCCCCAUGAGACCACGAGAACUGCUGUCGACAUAAUCAUCACGAACACAAAGAGAAGCUAUCCAGAUUGCAAAGUGAUUCUCUCGCACGCUGGAGGUACCCUGCCCUUCUUGAUUACGCGUAUUAGUACGGUGUCUAAGGAAGCCGCUGCAACCGCCCGCAUUUACGGGAAAACCUCGGAGGAAAUCAUGGAAGACUUCCGGUCGUUCUACUUUGACUUGGCUCUAUCCAGUUCGGAGGCCGUGCUCAGAUUGGUCCUCGACGUUGUUCCCCAUGAUCAUCUUCUCUAUGGUUCUGACUAUCCCUACGCGUCCCCCGACAAAUCACUUGGCUUCAAGCAAGUUCUAGACGGUUUCCCCCUUGACCAGGAGCUACGGGAUAAGAUCUACUUUGGAAAUGCGAACAAACUUUUUGGAAAGCCAUAG